CGUCCAAACACUCCGCCGCCUCGCCUCGCCGCUCCGGCAACCGCAUCUCUGCACCAGCCAGGCUCUACACAUCUGCUGGGCAGGUGGCCAGUCGCGCAGUCGCCACGAGCUAGGCGCUGCCGCCGCACUCAGCACCUCGCCCACCUCCUUCGCGCGCUCCCUCCUCUGCAUGGCCCUCGACGCUGCCCACGUGCCAGCCGCUCCUUCACGCUCGUGAGGCCAGAGCCGGGUGCACGUCUCCGCCGCCGCUGCCAUGGGCCGCUCCGAGCGUGCCGGCCGCUGGCGCUCCAAGACCGCCUCCUUCGAUGCCGCGUACGGCGCACAGCCGCCGGGCAGUGCCGUGGGCCGCGCCAUUCCUGGCGCCGUGUCGGCGGACAUGGCCCAGCAGCGCGGCCUGGCCGGCGGCAGUGCGUCGAGCCCGCCGACGCACCACAGCGCCUGGGGCUGGAAGGAGCCCGGCCGCAAGAAGGACAGCGACAACUGGCGUGCCCAUCCGCCGCCGUCGGCCGUGCUGGGCGCUGGUGCGGCUGGCAGCAGCUCGCUCGGCGGUGCCGCUGCGGCCGGCGGCUCGGUGCUGAGCGGCAGCCUGCCCGUGCACGCCACCUUUGCCGACCACAGCGCGCUGGCAGCGUCGGCGCAGGCCAUUCCUGCCUCCUCGGCGCGGGCCCGUCUGCUGCGCACCGGCGCCCUCUUCGCCGGCAGCAGCGACUUCACAGGGCCCGCGGCGCCGCUCAACCCACUGCAGAUCCGCAACGACGCCACGCCGCUCGACGUGCGCAAGCGCCCGCUCGUGCACCCGAGCAACUCGCCGCGCUUCGGCGGCGAGAACUGGGCACUGACGCCGACGAGCUCGCUGCCCAGCCUGCCGGGCACGCCGCAGCGCACGCCCGGGCAGGCUCGGCCGCACGCCAGCACGCCGGCAGACGGCUCGCCAGUGCCGCGUGCGGCCGUGUCGGGCUUUGGCGUGCUGUCUGGCGCCCCCGGCUCCAGCUCGCGCGAGCUCGUCGCCGCUCGAGCAGUGCUGAACAAGCGUCACGAUGAGACUGGCUCGAGCGGCGUCCCGCAGCCUCCGGCCCAGGCGGCCACAGUGCCGUCCAGCCCGUCCAAGGCGGCACCAGCGACGCAGCACGGCCUCGCGCCGCCGCAAGCGCGCAACCUGGCCAUCGCGACGGGCUCGCCGAAGCGCUCGCCUCUCUCUCUCGCAGCCACAUCUACACCCAUGCUGCCACCCGCAGUGCCGCGUGCCGGGCGCGCCUUGCAACCUCUCAGCCCCGGCCCGUCGCCGCGCCUUGCCCACCGCAGCAUCUCUCCGCCAGCAGACUCGGCCUCAAAUGGCUACAUCGCCUCGAUGCUCACGCCGAGUGCGCUGACGACGGGCAACGUGCACUCACUGCUGCGGCGCGAUUCCGUCGCCUCGCUCGCUUCGUCACACGGCGGUCCGGGCACCCACUCGCUGGCGCACUCGCGCCGAGCGUCGCAGAUCUUCAGCAGCGCGGCGUCCGCCGCAUCGCCGUCGAACGCGAGCAUCAUGUCUGGCGCCGCGCCGUCUCGCAGGCCUUACCGACCGCCACACCUGCGCAACCGCGAGUCGGGCCAGAACCUGCUGCCGGGCGUGGCGCACUACGACCGCGUGCGCACGCCGAGCCUGCGUGGCAUCUCGCGCUCGCCGGACCCGAGUGUGGCAGCGUCGAGCCGCGCAGGUAGCCGGCCGCCGAGCACGGCGCCGUUCAGCCCGGCGGCCGUCGAGGUGGCGGAGAUGGCGCGCCUCGGGCUCGCAGGCCGGCGCCGGCUCAGCAGUCUGGGCAGCUUCCACACGCUCAGCGAUGUGGAGGCCAUGGCGCCGCCGACGCUGCACGAGGGCCGCGAGGCAUCGCCCGAGGACUACUUCACCGAGCACUCGCGCGCGUCAAGUGCAGACAGAGACAGUGCGCCGCCCGACCUGAGCUCGUCGAACGCCGACAGCUCGCUAGACAGCCGCACGCUGAUGGCCAAGCUCGCCAGCACAUGGGCGCGUCGCUCGUUCGCGCCGUCUUCGAACGGCGGCGACGACAUUGCCGAGCUGAGCGCCGAGCUCGACGAUGUGGAUCUCAGCGUCGAGGACAUGAUGGCUGGGCCGCAGAGCCUGACGGACGGCUUCUGCAUCUCGCGGCAGGCGAGUCACCUGACGGAUGCGCGGCCCGUUGAUAUCUUCGAGGUGGGCGACCGCCUAGGUCCGGGCAUGAUGCACGACGGCCUGCGCAUCCGCAUCGCCCAGACGAGCGACGGCUUCCGCGAGCAGCCGGGCGACACGAACGGCAAGCAGCUCGAGGUGAUUAGCAAGCUGGGCGAGGGCAGCUACGCCGUCGUGUAUCUUGUGCGCGAGGUCGACCCGAAGCCUGGCGGCGCGUCCGCCUCGCCCGAGGUCGCAGCCGCCAACGGCGUCAACAUGACGCAGGCGCGCGCCGAGAGCUCCUCGUCGCCGCCGACGCCGUCGGCGCUAGACGACCACGAGAUCUACAGCCGCACGCUGCGCGCUAGCGACGUGGCCAUGGGCGACCGCACCAUCUCGUCGGUCGCCGACUCGAGCGGCUCGCUGAGCGAGAGCGACCUGCAGCCGCCGCGCGAGUUUGCGCUCAAGUGUCUCUGCAAGCGCGACCUGUCUGAUGAGAUGCUCGAGGUGCAGCGCCUAGAGGCCACCAUUCAUCAGUCAAUCCCGCGGCACCCGCACAUCGUGACGCUGUACCGCACGUACGAGACGGAGGACUGGCUCUUCCUCAUUCUCGAGUACUGCCCGGGCCAGGACCUCUACUACUGGCUCGAGCAGGCGCACGACACGGAGAACCUCGGCAGCGGCCUCUCGCCCGGCUACACCGACUCCAACAGCGAUGCGUCACCGGGCUAUGCCGACUCUGAAGGGGACACGAGCGCCACAUUCUACAUCAAGGGCGACCAGACGGUGGGCGAUCUCACCGCGGGCGCCGCGCGCGAUUCGACGCCGCCAUCGCCCUCGCUGCUUGCCUCGACGGCCGGCGCGGCGCUGCUCUCGCGCAAGCGGCUGCGUCUCGUGAGCCGCAUGUUCCAGCAGAUGUGCGACGCCGUGCAGUUCUGCCACGACCGCGGCAUCUCGCACCGCGACCUCAAGCCGGAGAACUUCAUCGUCGAGGACCGGCGCGAGGCGAUGGCCGACGACUCUGCGGACAGUCUAGACCGCUCGCGCGGCAGCGCAGGCCGACCGGGCACGGCCACGCGCCGCUCGUCGUCGUUCAGCAUGACGCGCGAGAGCAUGCGCGAGUUCGAGAGCCGCAUCACCGUCAAGCUCACCGACUUUGGCCUCGCCGUGGCGCAGGACGAGUGCGUCGACUUUGACUGCGGCAGCAAGCCAUACAUGGCCUACGAGUGCCGCAACAACGUCGCGGACUGGUACGACCCGCGCCAGGCCGACAUCUGGAGUCUCGGCGUCGUGCUCCUCAAUUUGCUCUUCCAUCGCAGCCCCUUUGCGGAGCCGUGCGCCGAGGCCUGCGACUCGUUCGCUGCCUUCUCGUACGAUCCGGUGCGCUUCCUCACGCAGGCGUUCGAUGGCCUCUCCGUCGAGGCUGCAGAGUUCCUCGCCGACAACGUUCUGUGCGACGUCACCAACCCGCGCAGCGACGGCUCGCCCCGCCGUCGUGUCACAGCCAGCGAGCUGGGCAUGUGGGCUGCCGACCUGCCGCGCCUGCUGAGCACCAAGGACGGGCAGCCGAGGCCCUCGCGCGGCGCAGACACCGACAUCACCUCGCCCAUUGUCUACUCGCGCACGCCGUCAAGCUCGACGCUGCCCGGCGACACCGAUGUGCCGCCGGCACACGAGUCUGAGGCGCCUCGGCCCAUCGGUCACUCGAAGCGCCGCAAGCGUGGCGCUCGCAAGGGCCGCAAUGCCGCCAACAAGCAGGACAAGACGCUGCUGCGCCGCUCGCAGUCCGCCGAGGUGCUGCCUUCGGCAGACUUGCCUGCUGCUCCGCUCGGACUUGCCAGCUCCAGCGUGCCUGACCCGCGCGACGACAUCCUCGCGCAGCUUGCGCAGGCGUCGCAGGAUCUCGCGCGCGAUCUCAGCCGCGUGUCGAAGUACAAGACUGGCGGUGCGAUGCGUAGUGGCCUAUCUGUCUCGCAGCCGCACACUCCCGCGUCGUUUGGCAACACCUUUCCGCGCAGCCCUAUUGCCGUGCCGCAAAGGACUUUGGCGCGCUACAGCCACGAAGAGUCGGGCGCCGGUGACGAGGGCGCCAGCUAUGGCAGCCAGAGCAGCCGCGAGUACACGAGCUGGCUCGACCGCGAGCGCCCGUCGGCAGCGCAGAGCGUCGCGAACCACCGCUACGCGGACCAAGCAGCGACCACGACGCCAGUGCCGUGGAAGGCGCAGCUAACGACGGCGCCGACCUCGGUGACCAACGCCACGCCUGCCAUCUACACCAAGUGGGACCCGGCGCGACGCGACCGCGUGCCGGGCACGACAGGCACCACCGACACCAACUCGAUGCCUGCGUGGCGCGAGCGCAGCCGCAUGUUGCCUCACGCGGACACCACGCCGAGCGACCCCGCCCUGUCGUCGGCCCAGCACGCCGUGGCGCGCCCUGCGGCGGCCAAGGCCAGUCUGCUCAGCAUGGCGCACUCGCUCUCGGCCAAGAAGGAGCGCGCGAACAUCGCUGCGGGUGUCGCCGUUCCUGCCGCCCAAGACCAUGUGCCGGCCGCGAGUCUCAUGCCGCCGCCGCCGGUGCAGAAGAGCGGCGUAUCGCGCUUCUUCUCGGUGCGCAGCCGAAGCUAGCCGGCUGCCCUAUCCCAUCAUACACCCUUCACCCCUCUUCAAUCACUCCUCAUCCACUCCUCCAUCCCGCCAUGCUCGACCUCUCAUCCCUGCGCCCACGGCAUGUGCUUGUAUCCGCUGCAACUAAAUUCACGAACGAUUUGACGAAGCAGCAGUAUGCACAAGGACGGAUGAGUAGGGCAAGCAG